GCCAGCAGAGUGGGACUGCGCAUGUGCAGCAGUGGUGCCGCUCAGCUGCUUGAGCGCGAGCCGGGUGAAAAUGGCAAAAAACAAUUUUAUAUUCACGCAGUGCGUCUUGUAUUUUUUGGCUUUCGUCUUUGGGUUUAUCGCGGUAGUGCCUCUCUCAGAAUAUGCUGAAGACUUCGGAGGGAAAUGUUUGCUCUUCACGCGAGGUAUGUGGCAGAACGAGAACAUCACGGUGUCCAAGCAGCGCUUCAUGGUGGAGGAAUGGGGACCGCAGUCCUCCUGCAGCUUCAUCACCUUUGUCGGCGUGGCCUCCCUCGUGCUGGCCGCUGUUCAGGCCUGGAGGCUGCUCUUCCUCAUCUGCAAAGGCCACGACGACUCCAUAUUUAAUGCCUUCUUAAACCUGCUGAUCAGCUUGUUUGUGGUGUGCGCGGUGUUCCUGUCAAGCACCAUCGUGACUGUGGGCUUUAACCUGUGGUGCGAUGCUAUUACCGAGGGGGGCAGCAUGCCCAGCAGCUGUGAGGAGUUACAGGACACGGAUUUGGAGCUGGGGUUAGACAACUCUGCAUUCUAUGACCAGUUUGCCAUUGCACAAUUUGGACUGUGGGCUGCUUGGUUGACCUGGCUGGGUAUCACAUUCAUGGCCUUCCUGAAGGUCUACUAUAACUACCGUCAAGAAGACCUGCUGGACAGCCUGAUCCAUGAGAAGGAGUUCCUUCUGGGCCGUUCCUCACGACGCUGCUCUGACAUACUGGAUAAGAAAAGUUCCAAGAUCUGAUUCUCUCUAAAAGCACAGCACAUGGUCCAAAUGUCCGAAUGUGAUGAUUUGAGAUGAGACACCAAGCUGACAUGCACCGAAAUGAAUAGUAUUUCAGGGUUGUCUUUGCCAUAGGCGUGUUGGAUACACACUGUUAAUACACCUAACACAGCUUCUUGACAGCCUGACCAUGAUCUGUGUGAGGUCGGUAAAACUGAAUGAAACAGUGACACAUACUAUCUUGAAGCUUAGCCCAAAGACUUCAUUAUUUAAAAAAAUAUAGAGUUAUUGACUUUUUGUUUGUUAACUUUUUAUUCAUUUUUAUGCUAAAUAAUAAAUAUUACAUUUUAUGCACUUUUUUGCUUAGCUCUCUCGGGGGUCGGGUGGGGGGGUUGGGGGGAUUGGCCAAGCAAAAAAAGUGCAAGAAAUGUAUAUAUAUAUAUUUUUUUAACGUAUCAUGAAGUGGUUCCACCCUGUCCAGGGUAUACCCCGCCUUGUGCCCCAUGCUCCCUGGGAUAGGCUCCAGGUUUCCCCGUGAUACUGAUGGAAGGAUAAGCAGUAUAGAAGAUGGAUGGAUGGAUGAAGUGGUUCCUAAGAUCGAAUGGUUUGCAACACUUUUGUGGCAAAGAGAACCCUGGCUCAUUUUUGGUCCCAGAAUGUAGAGAUUACUUCAGCUUUUACAGUUAUACAGGGGCUAAACAUCUAAAUGACUGUACUAACCAUAUAACGCUAUAGAAUUUUUGUGAACCCUGUUUACGCUACAAUUAGUAUAAAUAUUAUACAUUUCCAACAACUCUUUCAAUUACCAUUAUAUCUAAUUAUACUUUUACUCUACUAACCGCAACUUUAUAUUUUGGAUACAAAUUAUUAUACUGUAUCUGCUAUAAGGCUUGCAAUCUGUAAUAUGAUUCUCUUAGAGUCCUUGUGAGGAGCUCAGAUAUAAAUUAAAAAGUUUUCAGGUAGUGUUUUCUAUAUACAGUAUUUAAUCUGUAUUGGUUUACAGUGGGUAUCUCUUUCCUUAGGUUCUGUUCUUACCAUUUCACUAUUAUCUUUAUGUAUAUGUAUAUACAGCAAGUGUGAUACAUGUGAAGACGCAUACAACUCUAUAGGCAGUUCAGUAUAAAAAUAUGUACUGUAUUACCUUUUUGCAUCUUCUAAUGAAAGACCAUGGUGAACUCAAUCAUAGGACAAUUUUCAAAUUAUACAAAAUGGGUAUUGAAGCAAAAAAAAAAAAAAAAAAAAAAAGGCAUACAUUUGCACAGUGUGUAGUCUUUCAACAUUACUUUUUUCAUGCAAUGUUUAAGUAUUUGCCACCUGAAAUAUUGCUGCAUGCUGCAAUAAAAGUGUGUCUGCAUUUUCAAUAUAAUCAGUUUAAAAAUAGCUAAAUAAUUAUUUUGUAACCUCAAUGGUAUGUUUUUAUUCUGUGAGUUUAUUAAUUUAGAAAAUGCAUGAAUAAUGAUUUGAGCAUAUCUUUGCAACAUGCUAAACUUUUGUCCUCCAUGUCCAAUAUAAAACACAUUCCAUA